CGGAGGCGCGGAAGGCUGGGUGGGCUCGGGUCCCAGAGCUGAGGUGGCGGCUCGGGGCGGGCUGCGGGCGGCGGCGCUGGGCCUCAUGAGCCGCCGACAGCAGGCGCGGGGCGGCUGGGGGGGCCCCAGCGCCGCGGGAAGGGGCGGCGGCGGCGGCCGGGGAAAGGGCGUGAACCAUCUCCCGGACAGGUGGAAAGACUACCUCCCAGUUGGACAGCGGAUGCCUGGGACACGUUUCAUUGCUUUUAAAGUUCCUUUAAAAAAGAGUUUUGAGGAAAAACUUGCCCCAGAAGAACGAUUUUCCCCUUUGGAUCUUGUUAACAAAGUACGAGAACAGAACGAAGAGCUUGGAUUGAUCAUCGAUUUAACAUACACUCAGCGCUAUUAUAAACCAGAGGAAUUACCAGAGGCUCUUCCUUACUUAAAGAUUUUUACCGUUGGACACCAGGUGCCUGACGAUGACACCAUUUUUAAAUUCAAAUGUGCCGUGAACAAAUUCUUGAAAGAAAACCAAGAUAAUGACAAACUUAUUGGAGUCCACUGUACACAUGGUUUAAACAGAACAGGAUAUCUUGUUUGCCGGUAUUUGAUUGAUGUUGAAGGCAUGAAACCAAAUGAUGCAAUAGAACUGUUCAAUAGAUGUCGAGGACAUGCUAUAGAAAGACAGAAUUACAUUGAUGACCUCCAGCAUGGACCAAUCAGAAAGAAUGAUGGUACUUUAAGGUCAGACCGUUUUGAAGAAUCAUCAUUUUUCAAGAGGAGAAACUUUUACAACACCCAUGAAACUGAUUAUCACAGACCCAGACGGACCUUUCACUGGUCCCGAGACUUCCGAUCCCAGCCCCAAGAAGACUUCCACUACCAGGCCCAGGAGUUCCAUGCUCAACCCAGAGACUUUCGAUCCCAUCGGCGAGAAUUCUACUCACAGCCCCGAGAUUUCUACCAGUCAUCCAGGAAAAACCAACACAGACGGAAUUACUCUUGCCAAAAUGUGGGAAGCCAUCCCCCUUUGCCUCCUCCAGGCCCACCUAGAGAGGACUAUUCUCAGAGCAGAUAUACUUGGAAUCUAAAACCCAACUAUAACCUCCCUCCUUGGAACAAAAGACAGAAACUUAACAGUUAUAAUGGACCAUAUUUUCCAGACCAAUGGGGGACAGAUAGACAGCCACAGAUAUGUAGAAAUCAAACGGGGGAAAAUAGUUGGCAUGACAUUUAGUCAGGUCAAUCGAGGGAGGGUCGCCAUCUUUUAUUGCUUUCCCAGGCAGGCUUAGGGAGAAAUUAUAUUUUUUACCACUUUGCUGAUGGGGUUGAAGUAUGUUUGACAGUGAAUUUUUUUAAAUCCCAUGUUUUACCGGAAAUUUUUCAAACAAGAUGGCGUUUUAGAUUUUGGCCAAUGAGCAAAGAGCCUCCACUGCAGAUAACCAAAAAUUAACAUGCAUAUCUAGAUUUGCCAGUUAAACUUUUUUUUGUUUUAUUAUUUUGGUGACAUUUUUAAGGGGUCUUUAUUAUGUUUACUUAUUGGCCCAUUGUCGCUAACACCAUUUUUCUUAUUUUGUCCAGAAUUCAGAUUACAACCUGCCUAAGAGACAGUCUCCUCAGAGUUAGGCCUGUGGGGGGUGUUCUGGCAGGGCCUCCAAACGUGGCUGCUCUGGGAUGGUGAUGCCCCGGUCGACAAGUCCAAGUCUAUAAGUUUACCCAGAGAUAUUCAGGUUCUCUUGACUGGGUGUGUGCUAACAACACCUGUUAGUAAAAGAGCAAAAUGAACCAAAUUACUAGUUUAUAGGAGAAAAUA